AUGCGCCAGGUCACCUCCUACCUGCUCUCCGCCCUUGGGAACAACACCUCCCCCGGCGCCAAGGACAUCAAGAAGAUCCUGGACAGCGUGGGCAUCAAGGCAUCAAGGCAGAGGACGACAGGCUCAACAACUCAUUUCUGAGUUGAACGAAAAAACAUGGAAGACGUCCGUGCCCAGGGUAUGGGCCAGCUGGCCGCUGUGCCUGCCUGCGGGGCUGUGGCCGUCCCCGACCCGGGCUCUGCAGCAACUGCCGCCGGCUCCGCCCCAGUUGCGGCAGAGGAGAAGAAAGAAGAGAAGGAGAAAGAAUCAGAAGAGUCAGACGACAAUAUGGAAUUUAUCUUGUUUGAUUAA